AUCAGUAUUUUACCAUUAGCACGUUUCCUGUUGACUGCCAAGCAGUUUGAUAAUAGACCACAAAUCUAUUUUUUCCUCCAUAUUUCACAUCUUUUACACAUACCAAUAUAGAAAAACCGAAGUUUUUUCCUACCGACUACCUACCACAGUGAAGUUUGCUUUAGUAAUUCUCUUCAAACCUCUUCGACCAGUUCCCUAACAAAGUCAACAUUAACGUUGCUAAAAUGUUACUAUCAUCAGUUUGUUUGAGUGUUGUUACAAUCUAUUGCAUUUUCACAAGUGCUAAUGCAUACAAAAGUUUCACGCCAUGCACAGGUGACGAAGACUGCAUAGGUCUUCAAGAUGCAAAAUGCAAAGGCAACGUUUGCAUCUGCAACGGUUCCAGAUUCUGUAAAGAAGAGGUUAAAACGCCAACAGUCACCAAAAUUGGGGAACGGUGUAACACUACCGAAGAAUGUCUUCCUCUGCAGUCUGAAUGUGGUCCAAACAACGUGUGUACGUGCCACGAGGGGUACGUGGAGGAGCCAUCAGGCAGGAAAUGUCUACAGGUGUCUGAAGGGAUGGGUAGUAGCUGCAUCGAAGACGUUCAGUGCUAUACGAAAACGGCCCACACAGUAUGUCGAGAUAAUAAAUGCGACUGUCACGAACACAUGCACCACCACAAUGGCACCUGCUACAACAAUGUUGGUUACAAAUUCGUUUAGUAAAAACUUAAGCAUAUGGCACUGGUGGCGCCUGUCAAAGAUAAAAAUGAUCAUAGGGGUAGCGCACAUCUGGCAAUUAUUUUUACAUGUUUACACUGCACAGGCAUUUCAACGCUUCGCCUCGCACCUAUGACACCACAUGCAUGUCUGUCAGUAGUUGCAAUCCUCGCUAAACCAGCGCCAAAUGUGCAUAAAUCUGCUGUUUUUUUUUUUCAGAUGUGAUCAACCAAAAUAUUGCAGAGUCGCCAGGAACAAUGAUUUGAAGUUUUCAAUCGGUAUUUUCCAAGAAGUUUCAUAUCGUAAGAAUAUCGAUAUUUUUACUCCUGAAAGGGAGCAUCGGAAGUCAUUUCACAAGUUUCCGAUCCCGUUUAUUAUUUAGUAAAUCAUUACGAAACUAUGCGACAUUUGAGACCUUAAAAUGCUAACAAUAAAAUGUCUUAUGCUAUAUAGACCCAGAUAAUUUGGGGCGCUAAAUUUGAAUAUCACCUUGGAAAAACCGUGAAGAAUCAUGGUGUCGAUUUCAUCUCGUUUUUGUGAUUCCAGCCUUGUCUCAAGCCUGCACCACAGAGCUUGAAUGCUCCCUGACGCAUGCUGCGUUCUGCCUCCGCGGCAAAUGCUCUUGCCUGGAUAGCCACGCUCCGAACCGCAACGCGACAAAGUGCUUGCCCGUCGCCCUAGGACACGGCGCAUCCUGUGAGGACGACGUCCAGUGUACGGUGACCUUGGGCGG